AUGAUCAAGAUAAUCAGAAUGAGAUGCAAAAAGCUCGGCAAGAGGCAUUUACAACACAAGUGUUUGCUGCACGGUACACAGAUUCUGUUUCCCACAUGUUACAGAUUGAAAGCGCAACAAAUCACACGGAGAGGGCCAGCUCCUCAGCCACAGGAACUGGAAAUAUCAGGCUACGAAUCUGACGAGGCCAACGACAGGAUGACCGUGAGUGCUCUGGGCAGCGCGGAGGGCAGGCAGAGGUCGGUCAGCCACUGGGUCAGAUCCGCUCAGGCAAUGCUGCAGACGCCUACGAAAGCUGCAGAAAAGCCAUCCAAGACCCCCGAAGACUCCGCCAAGAAGAGGAGGAAGUUUCAAAGCGGGGGUUUGGCCGAGAGACUUCACAGGCUCCAGUGCAGACAGAAGUCGGCCAUAAGUUUCUGGAGGCACAAGUCUGUUUCUGAUAACGCCACAACAGUGGACCGGCCUGGGGUGCUGGUCCUGGAGAUCACGGAGGUCCACGAGGAGUGCAGCAUGCGACUGGUGCGAUGUAAGCGCUACAGCCCCCCCACAGAGGCCCCCCAUCACCGCCAGGAUCAGCCCCCCACUGAAGCCGAAGAGAGGGCCCCAUUACUAGUGUUAUUCAAUAAGGAAACCGCGGCUCAGCUCAACCCACUGCCUAAAGAUGUCAUCCACAUAUACCCGCCAUGGUGA